CCUUUGUCUGACUUUCACUGGAGCAGUAUUUACUUCUGUGAAAGCACUGCUUUUUCAAUCCAGUUUUGAGGUAGUUUCAUAUGUUGGGGUCCCACGUUCGAGAUCGACUUAUCGCGGACAAUUACUGUCAAACUCAUAGUAGUGUCUCGAUCAAUACUAAGUAGUACUACGCGCUCGGUCACACGCGGGACGACCACGAUCAUGGCCCCCAAAAACCGCAUCAUCAUAGACACAGACCCCGGCGUCGACGAUGUCCUGGCUAUAUUGUUGGCCUUCGGCUGCAAGGCGGAAGAGCUGGAAGUCAUGCUCAUCUCACUCACCUUCGGCAACGUCGACGUCCGAAGCUGUCUCCGCAACGUGGUCGCCAUAUUCCACAUCCUGGAAAAGGAAUUGAAAUGGCGAGAGGAACACGGCAAGUCACCAGGCUUCGAAGGCAUCACCAAAUACAAGCCUCUCGUGGCCAUCGGCGCAGACGAGCCACUCCAAGACUCGAUCGAGUCUGCCGACUACUUCCACGGCAUCGACGGCCUAGCCGGCACACACACUACGCACCCACACUUCUCUCCCGAAGAGGACUGGAAGAAUUUGUUCGAAGAGCCGCCGCCAGACGACGAUCUCACCAAAAAAGCCAAAGCCGAGACGAACAUCCAGGAAGAGCCCAUCAAAUCGUUCACCCCGAGCCUCGUGCCCGCGCACAAGGAGAUUCUUCGCUUACUACGAGAGAACCCGCCCGACACGAUCACGCUCAUUGCCAUCGGCCCACUGACGAACUUCGCCCUCGCAGCGGCCGAGGAUCCGGAGACAUUCUUGCGAUGUAAAGAGGUCGUCACCAUGGGCGGCACGGUCGAUGGGAUCGGCAAUGUCACACCCGUAGCCGAAUUCAAUGUCUACGCGGACCCGUACGCCGCUGCGCGCGUCUAUGCAUUGACUUCGCCGAUCCCGAGCUCGACGAUGCCGAUACCAAUGGAAGGGGAGCGCAGCAUGCAUAUGCCCACAUACCCGCCACGGUUGUCCAAGCAGCUCAGACUCACGCUCAUGAGCCUGGAUAUCACAGAACUCCACAUGCUCAGCCGAGGCGUGUUCAAUGCUCAUGCGUCGAGCUUGGCAGCCCGAGGAAGUCCGCUGGCCGAGUGGAUGACAGCGUUCAUGACGCCGAUGCUGGAUAAAAUGGAGCGACUGCACACCGGGCACGAAGGAGAGGGCGCGGCGCUGGCCUUGCAUGAUCCGCUUUGCGUGUGGUAUGUGCUCACGCAGGAUGACAAGCAGUGGAAGGCGAGUGAGCGGAGUCCCGAGGAUGUUAGGAUUGAAACGGCUGGGCAGUGGACUAGGGGGAUGACGGUGGGCGAUAAACGGCCACGGAAGCGGAGGAACAGUGAUGGCGAAGUGCCACAUGAUAGGGGGAAUUGGCUGGGCAAUCGCUCGGGGAACAGAGUGUAUCGGAUGUUGGAGAGUCCCGGACGCGAUGUUGCUGCGAGACAUUUGCUUGAUGUCAUCUUUGGGCCGAAAGAAUAGCAUAGCAUAGCAUAGCAAGCUGUCGAAGGAUCGGAGCAUGAGACAGGGACACAAACGAAUGAGCCAUGUGUGCAGGUAUCAACUAUGCGUUGCUGGAGCUUCUGCCUGAACGAGUAGAAUGGCGUAUCAAUUUGAGAUAAGACUCAACGUCUUGGAAGGAGUGGAGUUUCC